UAUGUACUAUGGGAUAGCAUUAUUGAUACACAAAACACCGCACACGGAAAAAAUAUUGUAUUCUUAACAUAUUUUCCUGUUUUAAUGAAAGGUUAACUUUUUUAGCCCCUAAAAAAUGUCUCUAGAUUUUGUAUCUGUAGCCGAUACAACUUAUCUGACAGACAAUUUUCUGCCAUCUGAAGACUGGGACAAUGAUCUUGGCAAGUUGGACAUUUUAGCAGACAGUAUUUCAGGCAGUGAACAUUUUCUGAGUGAUGGAUCAAAUUUUAGGAAUCCUCUUGGAGAAUUGGUUGACCCCCGUGUCGCAGAUUGGUUUGCUGAUGAACUUGGAGAUCCAUGGGAUCAUCUAAAUUCAGGAAACCCUGAUAUUAUUGAAAAUUUGGGUAUAAAAGCAGAGCCGCUGUCACCUUUGUCAACUUGCUCUGAAGACUCAGCGGACAGUGGCAAUCAUAGUAUUUCAAGUCCAACAAGUACAUCGCAGCUGGACCUACUAAAGAUUGAGACACCACCACUCAGCCCCCCUGUUGAUAACAAUACACCUCAACUUGUACCUGCAGUUAAUGGCAUCAAUGUUGUAAAUGAGGUCAUAGUUGGACAGAAUCAAGUCCGGCCGAAAAAUGGAAAGCGCAUCCUCCCAAGACCCCAGACUAUACGCCAAGUUAUAAUUCCCAAGACAGAUCCAAGCAUAGUGAAUACAUCUAAAGCAAAUACUAUAAAGAUCACCCCAGUGUCAGUUGUUGGUCCAAAACUUGUCCUCGCUCCAUCUAAUGGCGCUCCACUUAGCACUAGCUCCACUGUGGCCUGUACACAGCCUCCUCCAGCCAAACAAGCUAGGCUGAGUAAUAAUACCAAUGUUAAGAUGCCAGUGGUUAACCCAGUGGCAAGUGAGAAAUUUCCAACAUGUCCGCCAGAUGUAGAUAUUCGAUUGUGGAAGCGGCAACAAAGAAUGAUUAAAAAUAGAGAAUCAGCUUGUUUAUCAAGGAAAAAGAAAAAAGAGUAUUUAACAAAUCUUGAAGUUCAAAUUCAAGACAUCCAGGAUGAAAAUGAGCAACUCAAAUUGGAAAACAAAUCACUCAAAAAACAGUUGGAGGUGCUCAGACAGGAUUAUGACGCCUUGUCCAGGAUGCAGUCAAUAUUGCCCUCAACAACCAAGACUGCCACAUGUUUGUUAGCAGUUGUAUUUAUUAUUGGCUUCAACGUAGCUCCAUUGAGUGUAUUUAACAAAGGAGCAACAGUGCCGGAAUAUGUCAAAACAGUUUAUAGUGGUAGGAAUUUACUUUCAUUUAACGAGAACAAUGUCUCCAUAUACAAUAUAUCAAGUAGUAGCAGUAAUGGUGAAGAAAACAUAAUAAAAUUCAUAUCGAGAAAUCAAGUAAUGUUCACGGAUAAAGAACGGAACCAGCUUAUGGUGUUGAAUGAUAUGAGUGAUUAUCCCAUAUCCAAGGCUCAUCCAUCUUGCCCUUUCAAUUCAACGGAAGUCCUACGGUUGGCAGAUAAGCUAAAGGGUUGGGUGUUUGGUCAUGAGCAAGAGAAAAAAAAAAGUGCAAAGAAAAGUAAAAGAACCAAAUCUCUUAAAAGAAGAAAACGUGACAUGGCACGUAAAAUGACAUCUCAGAUGGAGAACACAGACGAACGUGGCCUUCAGCUGUACGAUAACCUGUUUGACAGACGCUACGCUAACCUACUGGAUGCGCUUGAUAGGAAAAAUGACACAUUUUAUGUUGUGUCCUUUAGAAGGGACCAUUUACUUCUACCAGCUCUUCAACACAAUAAUACCGGAAGGCCUAAGAUAUCUGUAUUGAUGCCAGCUUUAAGAGUUAAUGACUCCACAGUGGGCAGUCACAAUGCUGACUAUAUGUCCAUGAUGCAAAUAGACUGCGAAGUGAUGGAUACACAUGUCAUACAAGUUAGAAAUGCUGCAGCGCCCUCUACAGUCAAAGAUCACUUUACCGUAGAAAAUGAACCACUCAAGUUCCAUCCAAGAAACAUCACUAUACCAUGAUUUAGUAUUGUGGAAUGCCGAAAAAGAAAUGUGCCUUAUUUUCAUUGGUUGAAGUCAAUGCUAUGAAGCUCAUACCCUAAUGCGAUUCAUUGUUGCCGAUUACAAGUGUAAACAUGUUCAGGCCACAGUAAAUUAAAUUCACAACAUCUGUGAUAAUAUAUAAUUUGAAAAUAUGGAUCAAAUGUAUGUCAGGAAAAUAUUACUUAGAAUGAAAAGGAAAGAAGAGUGAAAAGUGUUGAAAUAUUUUGUAUGUAGCUGAUGUAUUGACAACACUAGGGGUGGGUGGUUGAUCAUUUUCUAGCUGUUUAUACAAGUUCAGUACUUCAACAAUUUUUAGAAUGGGACAUCACAUACUGUAUGUGGAAAUAUAUGAGUUGAAUAUAUAUAGAAAAAAGUAUGUCGGAAUUUGUUAAAUAUUACUUAGAAAGAAAAGAAUGAAUAGUGUUACAUGUAUAUGUAGCAAAUAUAUAGACAGUAAUUGUUUAACUACGUCUUCACACAGGCUAAGGUUAGAUUUUAUUGAAAAAUAUAAGUAAAUGACAUAACUGAAAGUUAAUCCAAAUUUAGAUUCUAUUUUCUAAAAAUUAACACUGCCAAAAUGGAAACAAGAAAGUCUGUUAACAUGUUGGCUGCCAGUGACUAGUAUACUCGCCCACAGGGUGUUGCUGAGGGCGCCAGGGACGAGUUUACUCGUCAAAAUCGGGGUAACAUUCUAGCAUUUAUAACUUCUUUGUUAUACAUUGUAGAACCACAGAUUCAACGGCUGGUAGUUCGAGGAAGAUACACCUACACAAUAAUGUACAAUGGACAUAAUAUGUGUGUUCUGUUGUGUUAUGUUGCCAGUAGUACACUUGAACGGCAUGACUGCGGGCGCACUUUAAACAUAUACCAACCCAUGCAAAAAGCGCACAAGAUAACUCGCACUUGGCAUAGUAAAUAAAGCGUGCUAUCACAGUGCUGUGGACGAGUUUACUAGCACCCUAAUAUUUUCCCGCCAAUUUAUUAGACACAUCAUUUUGAUAAUACAGUAUAUGACUAGAUAAAAUUUCAAAAAAGUAUGUUUGUACGUGUAAACUUGUUUUGGCACAUGGGAAGAAACCUUAAAAAAGGUCUGGUAGUCAACAUGUUAAAACCCAAGCUGAUGAGAGGAUUGGUAUGUUUCAUACCUUUAUACUAAAAACUUUAUGCUGCCAUAUUAAUAUACAUUAUUUAACAUUAAACAAAGGCAUACUUCCCUGUGAAUGAUUUUCUAUACUUCUAUUUCGCACUAUGUACAAAAAAAAAUGGUGGUAACUGAAUUGAAAAUCUAUAAACCUAUUAUGAAUCCGUUAAAUAAGAUAGAUAUGAUUAUUAGGUUUCAUUAGUUACAGC